AUGCACAGUGUGCAGCAGCAGCAGCAACGAGAGACGUCUCGAUCGCCGUCGCUUCGCGAGCGACCGCGGAAUAUGAAGACACAGUCCAUGCCCAUGGUACCGUCUGCACAGCAGAUCUAUGCUGCAAAUACCGGUGGUGUGCACCCACCGCUCGUGCAGCAACAGUCAAGUCCAACCAUCCCUGCCACAGGCAUGCCUGCGCGCAUGCUCCCAAUCCCGCCAGAUCAGCAGCAACAUCCAAAUGGACAAGGAAAUCACGAUGAUAUUCCAGAUCGUCGCCCAUCGUCCUCCCCUGGUCCCCAGUACCCGAUUUCCCAGAACCAUCUCAACACCCACUAUCCUCGACCCCUUCAGCGCCAGCAACCGGCAUUUCUCACGAAAUUUGCUGGGGUGGAGACCGAGCAACAUAUGACAGAAGUUCUUGCGGAUAUUGAAAGGGUAGAUCAGCAACAAUCGCAGAAUCAGUUCGCCUCGAACAAUUCAUAUCCUUCGCCUUAUGUUCAGUCUCGUCGCUCGGAAACCCCUUCGCCACCCAAGGAUCCCAAUGUCGAACGACUCCGAGGUCUGGAGCGCAGUAGUCCCAACCAGCGCCAACCGCGCGAACAAGCUCGUGAAAGCCCCAAAGGCCGCCAACCCACCUCCCCGAGUCUCCCUUCGUAUGGCACUGGAGUCCCGACGCCGGAAAGGCGCGCAUCGCCCGCAGUCAUUGGGGUCGAGCAACAGCAUUCCGCACAGGUCUACUCCAAUUACAACGCACGGGACUCCCCUAACGCUCCUCGAAGGGGUAACACUGUGAUUGUGGCGGACACCCGUGGUUCCUCCUUCACACCCCCACUCGCUUCUGUGGCUCGCACGCCCGAUAGGGAUAGAUCUCUCCCUGUCCAAGAGGAAGCGGAAGAUGAAUUCGCCAUCGCGUCGAAGAACAGGUGGCAGACGAGCGACCAGCAAGCUCAUCACGCUUCUUCACCGACCCCAUCCUCUGACCUCAAUCCAGACGGCAACGCGCAACGAUACGACCACUCUGGUGGACGGGAUAGUCGAGCAGGUCGACCCGGCGAUGAUAGCACGCAACAUGAAGGGAAUGGAAGGUACAGCGAAGAAGACUCUGGUGGGAGCUACACGCCCCGCUCUCCCACUGCGCCUCUGCCACCUCUCGAAUCUUCAAGGCCAAGCGAAAAAUACUAUCAGCCCCAAGCCCCACGUCUGUCGCCUAAAGCUACGAUUAAGGUUAGGACGAGGAAUGGUUCGACUGAUGGUCUGGGGUUGCGGUCCUUGACUCCGUCCGCGUUCGAGAGCCCUUCGUCGACUUUGAUAUCGACAACCUCACAUCAUACCCAAUCCGGUUACUCCGACCAUCGACAACUGCACGACAACCACGGGCAGCGAGGACCUGGUAAUUCGCCCCUCCAGCAAGCGUACCAUAUUCAGGCGCAGCAGCAACAGCAGUACCAACACUCCCACCAACAGCAGUCGCAACAACAGUACCAACAACAUCAGCAGCACCAGCAAUAUCAACAGCCCCAGCACCAACAACAGUCGCAGCACCAGCACUAUCAACAGACCCAGCAGCAGCCACAACAGCAGCAGCAGCAACAGCCCCCGCAACCUCCUCCCAUUCAGACUCAACAGCCCCAACAAUCGCAACAUUAUCGUAACGAUGGGUCCCAAGCUAGCAGUCACCACAAGAGCAAUGGGUACUACGCUCCUCACCCUCAGGUCUACCCAGACGAUUUCCAGAACUACAGCGAAGAUCCUGCUUCCUUCUCGUAUCUUCACGCGUAUCUGGCCUCUCCUCGACCCGAUGCGCCCAUUCCUCCUACCCCGCAUAGCCAAUCGGCCGCACCAUCCCCUUCACCGUUCCCCAAUUACGGGAAGCACAUGCCAUACAGCCCGGUGGCUCCUGUUGGCUCGCCGUACCCAUACCCAUUCACCCACGUCCCUCGCAACCGAAUGGCCGGGCCCAGCCUCUCGCAGUACUCCUCCAAUUACGACCCCAACCACCCCGCCGCCGUCCAAGAGCAGCUCGCGAAGCAAUGGCAAAUCUACCUGCAAAACCAAGUCAACGGCAACAUCACCGACUCGACCUUCUCGCCCGCUGCCACGCCGUUCCAAGGCGCGAACUACAACCCGUUCUCGUUUUUGCAUACGGCGCGGCUGAUGAGGCAGAUGCAGGCGAAGGAUACGAUGAGUAUUAGGUCGAGUCCGAGUCAUGAGCCUGUGCCGUUGCCGCCGCCGCCGAUGUUGGGGAGGAAGAAGAAUAAGUCGAGUGAUUUGAGGAGGCAGGUUACGAUGAGGAAGCCGCCGCCGAGGGUGGAGAGUACUGUGCCGAGGGAUACGACGCCGGAGCCGACGUCGUCUGGGGAGGAGACGGCGGGUGAGGACAAGUAUCAUCAUGCGGCUGAAGGAGAGGGGGAGGAUACACCGGGCCUGGGGAUUCAUGCGUCGACGUCGGGAGUGUGGACGAAGCCGAAGCAGGUGGACGAUGACGACGCGGACGCGGAGGUCCCAAUUCAUAUCGAUGAUGACGAUGACGACUGGAUUGAUGAGGACGACGAGGAUGGAGAGGAUAUGCUCGAUUUCGAGUUCCAUCCCAACUAUGUUAGCAAUUCGGAUAAGCGCCGUCGUCGCUGGGAAGUUGGAUGGGAUGCGUUGGUGCAGGCUUUCCAAAACUUGGAUCGCCAAACCGACGCGACCAUGGUGGUGCUGGCUGCUCCUGCUCACUCAAGCAAACUCUACUCGAUUCGAUCUCGUUCCAUUCGACGGAUUUCGACUCUCUCCAAGUCGACCAACAUGGCCCAGAUGCGCUCCAACUUCAAGCGUCUUGCAACGCAGCGCAAGAACCUGCGCCCCCUCAGGCCCAUGUCGAUCGCGGAGAAAUUGUUGGAGAGCCAGAGCGCUUCUGGUGAUGGGUCCGAUGGAAGCUCGGAAUCUCGCGCUGACGACCUUCGACGUGCGCUCGAGACUGCAUUGGGAAGUUUGAACCUGCUGAACGGGAUGUACGAGAUGCGGGAGACGAGGUGGCAGGAGGAGAUGAAGAGGAUGCAGGAGGACAAGGAGAGGAUGUCGGUCGUCCUUCGACAAGUUCUUGGAGAUUUCCAACAAAACGGUUUUACACCCAGUCUUCCAUGA